AUGUCAGGCGGAGGACAAUCUCUUGGAGGAAACCAAAACAGCGAGCCUCUACCUGCUGGAUGGGGCCGGCCAUCUGCACCUCGUGUGGGUCGGGUUGGAGACUGGAGUGGGACUAACGACUCUGGCAGGAACUCCUCAUCCUCAUCUCGAGGUGGAUUUGGAAGUCUUUCGAAUCUUCCCACAUCUGGUGGUCCCAGGAUGCCAGGAGGACCACAGGACGACGACGACGACGCCGAUGAGAACAAAGAGGGUGAGAACUGGUUUGCAGGUGGCGAGCGGAGUGGCAUUUCAGUGCAGAACCCUAACUCUGCCGGUGCUCGUCCUGGUGGGCGCCUCGUGAGAGAUAUCUUGAGGCAGGCUGCGGAGGGUGGGAUGGCACCUCCACCUGAUGCCCGCAGAGCAGCUGGACCUUUCAGUGGCGGCGGGCAUACACUUGGAAGUGACGAAGUGGAGAGCUCGUACGUCCCGGAUCCGACUGCGGAAGAUGACGAAGGUGACAUCGUUGUCCGGCACCUGCACCUUUGGAGAGACGGGUUCAGCCUCGAGGAUGGACCACUGAUGCGAUAUGACGAACCCGGUAACCAAGAGCUUUUGAGAUCCAUCCAGCAAGGUACUGCGCCCAUAUCCUUCAUGGACGUCACACCUGGGCAACGUGUCAACCUCAACGUGGCAACCCGGCUUAGCGAGGAAUAUGUGCCCCCCAAGAGGGGAAACUUUUCAGGAUCUGGACAGAGGCUUGGUGCACCAAUUCCUGCUGUUACUACCUCUGGUGCAGCACCUUUAAUGCCAGGAUCAUUUCCGUCUGGCAGCAGCAGUGCUGUUGGUGCCAGUGACAGUGUCGAGAGGCACAGUAUUAACACCCGCUUUGAGGUCGACCAGAGGCAGCCUACUACGAGUGUGCAGAUUCGUCUGGCAGAUGGCACGCGUAUGCCGUGCAGGAUGAACCUCACACAUACCGUUGGUGAUCUUCGCUCGUUCAUCAAUGCUUCUCGUCCCGAGAAUCUGUCACGCUCGUACACGAUUGGAACGACAUUCCCUAAUCGUACCUUGGAAGAUGACACUCAAACAAUCGAGGGUGCUGGACUAGCUAACAGUGUUGUUGUUCAACGGUGGGUUUGA